AUGACACCGGGACACCUGGGCAGCAAGGACAUCUUAGCUGCUCCAGCCAUGGCAGCGACGACAACUCCUGCCGCUGCUUUCGAGGCUCUCAAGCACGGCGUAACCCACUGGGAUGUCCCCAAAGACCCCGUCCCCUGCGAGCUGCUGCUCAUCGGCGAGGCCGCCUUCCCGGUGAUGGUGAACGACAAGGGCCAGGUGAUCAUCGCCGCCUCCAUGUACGGCCGUGGACGCCUGGUGGUGGUGGCCCACGAGGGCUACCUGGUGGCCGCCAGCCUGUCCCCUUUCCUCCGCAACGCCGUGGAUUGGCUCUGUCCCACGCCCGGCUCUCCCGUUGGCGUCCACCCGUCCCUGGAAGCGCUCACCAGCAUCCUUCAGGGUGCUGGUACCCAGGCUCAGCUGGAGUCGGAACCAGGAGCGGCCCUGGGGGUUUACUGCAUAGACGCCUACAGCGAGGGCCUGAGUGAGGAGCUGGUGCAGUUUGUGAAGCGCGGAGGGGGCUUGCUCAUCGGGGGCCAGGCCUGGUACUGGGCAAGCCAGCACGGUGCCCACCAGGUGCUGUCCGCGUUCCCGGGGAACCAGGUGACUUGCGUGGCGGGAGUGUACUUCACCGACACCUACGGGGACACGGGCCGGUUCAAGGUCUCUAAGAAUAUCCCCAAGAUCCCGCUGCAUGUCAGGUGUGGGGAGGACACGAGGCAGGACCAGCAGCAGCUCCUGAAAGGGAUCUCGGAACUGGACAUCAAGACCGGGGAGUUGCCGUCCAGGCUGCUGGUGCACGGGGCGCUGGCCUUCCCCCUGGGCAUGGACCCCUCGCUGGGCUGCUUCCUGGCAGGCGCCCGCUACGGCAAGGGCCGGGUGGUCCUGGCUGCCCACGAGAGCCUCCUCUCCGCCCCCAAGUUGGGGACCUUCCUGCUCAAUGCCGUGCACUGGCUGGCCGGGGGCCCCGCGGGCCGAGUGGGGGUGAACCCCAACCUGAAGGGCCUGUGUGCCCUGCUGGACGGCAGUGGCCUGCAGUGCAGCCUGGAGUCCCAGCUGACCGACCAGCUGCAGGUCUACUGCUGUGAGGCCUACAGCGACGCGGAGGCCGGGCCCUUGCGCGAGUUCGUGGCCGAGGGCGGUGGCCUGCUGAUGGGGGGCCAGGCCUGGUGGUGGGCCUCACAGAACCCCGGUCGCCCCGCCCUGGCUCGUUUCCCGGGAAACCGCCUCCUCAAUGGCUUGGGCCUCAGCAUCACAGCCCGGACCCUGCAACCAGACUGUUUCCCUGCGGCCACGCCUGAGAUGCUCGGGUACCACUUCCGCCAGGCCCUGGCGGCCUUUCUGCAGCAGCUGAAACAGGGCCGCGGCUGCGUGGACCAGAGGAGGCUGGCCAAGCUGGGCAGCGACGGGGCCGCCUUCCUGAGCAUCCCAGCGCGGGGCAUCCCCGCCUACGCCUCCGUGCACCGCCUCCUGCUCAAGACUUUGCCUCUGGCAGGCCUCCCGGCCGUCAGCAAGAAGAACCCGGUGGCCGCUGGCUCCCUGGAGGCUGCCAUGCUCAGCCUGGCCACCGAGCUGGCGCGAUCGGGGACUGACUGCACCCAGCUGGCCGCGGGGCUGGGCGGCUGCGCUUGCGCGGACCCCGCAGAGCGGACCAUCACCGUGCAGGUGGACGCCUGCAACCCAGGCCCAGGGGAACGCUGGAUGAGCACCGGCCGCUACCUGCUGAACGGGAAGAACGUGGAGUUCUCGCUGCCGGACUCCGCUAGUUCUGCUGGGCUGAAGGUUCUCAUCGGCUGCCACACGGACGACCUGAGCGAUGCCCACCAGCUAGCCCGGGCCCCGGUGGUCACUCACCAGUGCUGCGUGGACCAAGCCACAGAGUCCGUGUUCUGUCUCUGGGGGGGUCUGAUCUAUGUCAUCGUGCCCAAGGGCAGCCAACUGGGGCCCGUGUCCCUCACCAUCACCGGCUCCGUGCCUGCUCCCUACUACAGGCUGGGUAAAACGUCCCUGGCGGAGUGGCGGCACAGUGUCCAGCACAGCCCGGCCCCCUGGGGGGAGCUGGCCACGGACAACAUCAUCCUGACGGUGCCCACCGCGGACCUCCGGACCCUGGAGGACCCUGAGCCCCUGCUGCGCCUCUGGGACGAGAUAAUGCUGGCCAUCGCCAAGCUGGCUGCCCAGCCCUUCCCUUUCCACUGCCCCGAGCGGAUCGUGGCCGACGUGCAGAUCUCGGCAGGCUGGAUGCACUCCGGGUACCCCAUCAUGUGCCACGUGGAGUCGGUGCAGGACCUGCUGAGUAUCGAGAGCAUCCGUAGCCAGGGCCUCUGGGGGCUCAUCCACGAGCUGGGUCACAACCAGCAACAGGACGGGUGGGAGUUCCCACCGCACACCACGGAAGCCACAUGCAACCUCUGGUCAGUCUACGUGCACGAGACGGUGCUGAGCAUCCCCCGGGCUCAGGCCCACCCUGACCUGAGUGCUGUGGAACGAGACAAGAGGAUCAGAGAGCACCUGGGCAAGGGGGCGCCCCUGGAGAACUGGAGCAUGUGGACAGCUCUGGAGACCUACCUGCAGCUCCAGGAGGCCUUUGGGUGGGAGCCGUUCAGUCAGCUCUUCGCAGAGUACCAGACCCUCUCAGGCCUCCCCAACACCAACACCGGCCGGAUGAAUCUGUGGGUGAAGAAGUUCUCUGAGAAAGUGCAGAAGAACCUGGUCCCUUUCUUUGAGACCUGGGGCUGGCCCAUGCAGCCGGAUGUGGCCAAGAGCCUGGCCCAUCUGCCUCCGUGGCAGGACCACCCCAUGAGGACCUACGUGUGUGCUGAGGAGUAA